GUACAGGAUUUAUUAAAAAAUAUGUCUAAUGAAGAAUUUGAGAAAUAUAAGGAUUCUUUAGCUGUUAUAUUGUUUGAGAAGCCAAAGGGCUCAAUGGAACAAGCAGCUGUAUAUCAGUUAGAAAUUGAUAAACAAAACUAUAAUUUCAAUCGUGCCGAAAUCGAAAGUGAAGCACUGAAGUCAAUUAACAAAAUGGAUAUUAUUCAGUUUUAUGCUGUAUGUUAUUUGUAAUAUCUAUUAUCAUUAUAUUUCACAUUUACAUAUCAAUUUUAUAGGAUCAAAUAAGUCAAUUUGGGCCCAAAAGGCACAAACUGGCUGUGCAUAUAAAAUCUUCACUUAAAAUCACAAACGAAAAUAAUCAAUUUUCACAAUCAGAUAAUAGUUUGGGAGCAAACAAUGUACGUAUUAAUUAAAAUUUGUGUAGAAGUUUAGACUGUGAAUAAUAUUUUAUUUUAUUUUUUAGAGCACAAUAAUAAUGGACAUAACAGAUUUUAAGAAGAAACACCGUCUAUACUCAUUACCAAUCCCAUUUAUACCUGUGGGCUAUAAGACUUUCUUCUGAAAAAAUCAAAUCAUGAUAAAUACAUAUAAUAAUAUAAUAUAGUGUGAUCAGAAUUUUAUGUUACAACAGUUUUCU